AUGGAAGGAAAUAAAAAGAGACAAGCAGAUAAUAGAGGUUUAAUAGUUGUAGAUAAUAAUUCAAAUAAUAAUAGUAAAAAAGUAAAGAAUGAGUUAGCUUUAAGACAAACAGAUUCAACCUCUAAAGAGAUUAUACUAGGGACAGAAAGAACAUCGAAAUUAAAGAGUCCUAUUAUGCAGUUAUCUGGUCAUAAAGGUGAAGUGUUUACAGUUAAAUUCAAUUCAACAGGUACUGCAAUUGCAUCUGGUUCUUUUGAUAAAGAAAUAUUUUUAUGGGGUGUAUAUGAAGAUUGUAUUAAUUAUCAGGUUUUGAAAGGUCAUAAGGGAAGUGUGACGGAGCUACAUUGGGAUAGAGAUGGUGAGCAGUUGUAUUCGGUUUGUACAGAUAAAUCGGUUGGCAUUUGGGAUGUGAAGGAGGGUCGCUUGAUAAAGAGAAUCAGAGAGCAUCACGCUUUCGUAAACAGUUGUUGUCCGGUGCGAAGAGGACCACCCUUGGUUGCGACUGCCUCCGACGAUUGUAGUGCACGUGUCUUUGACACGAGAAAACGUCAUAGCGUUCAGACAUUCCAGCACAAGUACCCGGUGACAGCGGUGUGCUUCUCCGAUGCCAGCGACCAGGUGAUCACCGGUGGCAUCGACAAUGUGGUGCGCGUCUACGACAUUAGAAACAACGAGAGCGAACUGAUGAUCCUUCAAGGUCACAGCGAUACGGUAACGGGAUUGUCGGUCAGUCCCGACGGAUCGCAUCUCCUCUCAAACUCGAUGGACAACACACUGAAGGUGUGGGACAUCCGGCCGUUCGCACCAAACAACCGUUGCGUCAAGUCGCUCAUCGGUGCGCAGCACGGUAUCGAUAAGAAUCUACUGAAGUGCGCUUGGUCACCCGAUGGUAGCAAGGUCACCGCAGGUUCAUCGGAUAGCUUAGUUUACGUAUGGGAUGUUUCGAGUGGCAAGAUUUUAUAUAGACUACCUGGUCACACCGGUGUCGUCAACCAAGUUGAAUUCCAUCCAAACGAACCAAUCAUUGCUUCAUGCUCAGCAGAUAAAACAAUAUUUUUAGGUGAGAUAAAACCAUAA